UCUCCUGUUCUUCCAUAGCAUCGCCACUAACAUCCUCCUCCUCCUUCUCUGUCGCCGCCUUACGGCUCUCCUGGCGGCAUCGUCAGACUCAAAUCACAGCCGCGUCGUGUCUCCGUCAUUGUACCCCCCAAAGGCGCUGGUCUCCUCCUUUCUCACGUGACGCUACCAGAGGAGAGGAAAGGAGGCGCCUGUCAGCCCAAUUUAAAUUUGGUAGCGGAGAAGGCGGAGCGGGGUCACCCUCGAGGCGGGCUAUUAAUUAAUCUCCCCGUCCGACCAUUUCUGGCUCCACCCCUUCUGGGCGGGGAGGAAAGCCAGCCGCGCCCAGCGCUUUUUACCUCGCCAGUUGACAGCAGCGUAGCCCCUCCCCCUCUCCCAGUCGUCUAACAUCUCCUGUUGAAAUAUGAUUGGCAGAGCUUUCGGUCCUGCCCCUCCUCACCGCUGGUUGCAUUCCAGCUGCUGGGAUUGGAGUUGGAACUUCUGCGCUCGCUGCCGCCGGUCCUCCCGCCUCCAUUCUCUUUGGCGCGCGGUGGCCCCUCCCCUCAUGUCAUGGCUUCCUCGGAUGUGGCCCGGCAGCUGCGCUAUCAAUCUGAUAUCGGAAUGAGAACACCCUCUAAUCCACCAGUCGAUAAUCAAGAUGCAAGGAGAAGUUGCCGACCUUUAUCCUUGUCUGGUCAUGUUGGUUUUGAUAGUUUACCAGAUCAAUUGGUUAAUAAAUCUAUCCAUCAGGGGUUCUGCUUCAACAUUCUCUGCAUUGGAGAGACAGGAAUUGGGAAAUCAACUUUGACUGAUAGUUUGUUUAAUACCAGUUUUGAUGACCGUGUGUCAACACACUUUCAGCCAAAUGUAAGACUUAAAGCUGAGACAUAUGAACUGCAGGAAAGCAAUGUUCGGUUGAAAUUGACCAUUGUAAAUACAGUUGGAUUUGGUGACCAGAUAAACAAGGAAGAUAGCUAUCAACCAAUAGUGGAUUACAUAGAUGCACAGUUCGAGGCCUACCUCCAGGAAGAGCUGAAAAUUAAACGUUCGUUAUAUAAUUACCAUGACUCUCGCAUCCAUGUGUGCCUGUACUUUAUUUCACCUACAGGGCAUUCCCUUAAAACUCUUGAUUUAUUAACCAUGAAAAAUCUUGACAGCAAGGUAAACAUUAUUCCCCUUAUAGCCAAAGCAGAUACAAUUUCUAAAUCUGAACUACAGAAAUUUAAGAUCAAAAUUAUGAGUGAAUUGGUCAGUAAUGGAGUCCAGAUAUACCAGUUUCCAACAGAUGAUGAGAGCAUUGCUAAAAUUAAUGCCGGCAUGAAUGGACACUUGCCAUUUGCUGUAGUGGGGAGUAUGGAAGAGGUAAAGAUUGGAAACAAAAUAGUAAAAGCUCGCCAGUAUCCCUGGGGCAUAGUGCAAGUGGAGAAUGAGAACCAUUGUGAUUUUGUGAAGCUCCGGGAAAUGUUGAUUUGUACAAAUAUGGAAGACUUGAGAGAACAGACCCAUAUGCGCCACUAUGAAUUGUACCGGCGGUGCAAAUUGGAAGAGAUGGGCUUCCGAGACACUGAUCAAGAGAACAAACCUGUCAGUCUACAGGAGACUUAUGAAGCUAAGCGACAUGAAUUCCUUGGUGAAUUACAGCAGAAAGAGGAAGAGAUGAGGCAAAUGUUUGUACAGCGGGUCAAAGAGAAAGAAGCACUGCUGAAGGAAGCUGAGCGAGAACUACAGGUGAAGUUUGAACAUUUAAAACGGCUUCAUCAAGAAGAGAGAGUGAAACUGGAGGAGAAAAAAAAGCUUAUAGAAGAAGAAAUUACUGCAUUCAAUAAAAGAAAAGCUGCCUCGGACAUACUCCAAGGGAGGCCACUGCCCCCUACACCCACUGUUGGUUUAAAAAAAGAUAAGGAUCGGAAAAACUCUGGCUUUCUGUGAAAUUGAAGAUGCAAGAAGAAAUUGUUCACAGCUGUCAAUGAAGAAAUUUGGAUCCCCCUUUUUUAAUGCAAACUAACUUGAAAACUGACCACCGCUUAACGAAAAAUAUAUUAAAAUGUAUAAUCAGUGUUGCAUACUGUACUGUAGGUUGCUGUUGCAUUAAUAUAUUUAAAAGGGCAUUUCCUGAUAAGCACUUAAACUGUAUACCCAUGGCCAAGUUGCAUGCACCAAAGAUAACUGUGCCAUAAAACAGUUUUCAUUCACAUUAUGAAUACUGCAGUGAAGAAGUGAAUAUAUAUUGCAUCUUUUAAAGAAUUGGUGCCUUUUUCAUGUGUUAACCGUACACCAUUUAAUGUUCCCUUUUGAAGCAUUUAUUCAACUGAAUAAAAUAUGUAAACUUGUUUAAACAACCACUUCCUUUUCUGAAAAUGUUCUAAAUGCUCUUUCUAGGUUGUGGUAAUGAUAAGCUUUUGAAUUAUUCAUGUAGUAUUCAUGUAAGCAUAAGCUUCACUUCAAAAUAUAUAUUGAGAACCAACUUGGUUUUAAACAUAUCUUCCACUUGUAAGCUUAUGAACAAGAAAGACUGUACAUUUCAUGGAAACUAGGAAUUUAUAAAAACAAAUAAAACUAGGUUUGGUUAAUGAAAA